CAUAUUUUAUGUUCGUGGCUUCUACCGGCUCGUGUACGAAGAAAAGUGAUCAGCUGAUUUAUCUGAAAAUAAACCCAGGGAAAAGAGAAUGCUGUUGCACAGGGUGAGAUCUUUAUUUUACGGCGCGAUUAUUGUUAAGGAGACGAACACAAUAUCCAGGCCGUUUCUCCGGUCGACGAUAACCACACCAUCCGGGGCAAUCCUGCCCGAGCCAAAGCGAACUCCAUUCAGUUUCCUGGGCGUCUUCAGCAGUGUCGUGUUCGGUCUCCUGGUCGGCGCCACGAUCAGCAAGAACAUAGCCAACUUCCUGGAGGAGAAUGAUCUCUUCGUUCCCUCCGACGAUGACGAUGACGACGAUGAUAAUUAGUACAACGAUCAGCGUUUCCAUUAUAAUUGUUGAAAUUAGAGAUUCUCUUAAUGCUAAUGAGUCAUUUGAUGCAACAUGAGGUGAUACAAGAGGAGUAAUUACACAAACUCAAGUGACACGUGGAGAGAAAUCUCAUUGCUUAUACAAUUUAGGUAUCUUAUUUAUGAUUACUCUAAUACCUGAGAGAGAUUAUGUAAAUUAUUAUAGAAAUAUUUAUUUAUACAGUUGUUGGAAGUAGAGCUUUUAAAAAAUCUAUGUAUAAAUCUUGCUGUUGUUGCACAUGACGGUGCAAGACACUAUCGUGUUUUUUGAUCUAAAUAUAUAUAUAAUAUCUAUAAAUAAAUUGAAUUAUAUGUUAAAUACAGUGUAAGUAAUACAAAAACGCUCAUUAUGACAUCUAUACAAUUGAGUGGCGUUUUAUAUCAGAUGUACAUGCUAUUAUAAUUACAUGUAUUUUUUUUCAGUCUUCGAUUAAUAUUCACAAAUUUCUAAAUGCGA